AUGCGGUGGGGGCGAGGCGUCGGUCCGUCGCCACAGUCACUCGGCACAGGCACUAGAGCUCGCACGCACUCAGCACGCGACGGACCGAGGCCGGCCGGCCGACGGCACGCCGCUAUCAUCUACACGAUUACUAUAUAUUGCUAUGACGAGGAUGAACGGUGCGUCGGGCGGCGUGGGGCGCGGGCGCGCCGCUCGCUCAGUUAA